GUUGAUUUUCUACUUACUAGACUGUUUUCCACUGUUUGCUUUUAAUCAUGCCUGAACUGGCCAAAUCUGCCCCGGCUCCCAAGAAGGGUUCCAAGAAGGCUGUCACCAAGGCGCAAAAGAAAGAUGGCAAGAAGCGCAAGCGCAGCCGCAAGGAGAGCUACUCCAUCUAUGUGUACAAAGUGCUGAAGCAGGUGCACCCGGACACCGGCAUCUCGUCCAAGGCCAUGGGCAUCAUGAACUCGUUUGUCAAUGACAUCUUUGAGCGCAUAGCAAACGAGGCUUCUCGCCUGGCGCAUUACAACAAGCGGUCUACAAUCACAUCGCGGGAGAUCCAGACGUCGGUGCGCCUUCUACUGCCCGGAGAACUGGCCAAGCACGCCGUGUCGGAGGGCACCAAGGCCGUCACCAAGUACACCAGCGCCAAGUAGAGGCCUCCCUGGAUGAGGCGCUCGCUGGCCCCUUUGAUCUUUUAAAGUCUCUUUUAGUGAGUCACCCGCUCAAAUCAGAAGAGAGCUUUGCCACUUGCAUUAGUUUCUAGUUCCUAUUCCAAAGUUACUCCAAGGGUCUUGAAAAGGGUACACUUCAGAAGUUUUAAGCCUUUGUGGUUUUGAGUUCCCCUGUGGGUAUCUGUUUGCAGUUUGCUGCACCCUACUUAGCUUCUUGGAGUUCUUUUUAGACUAGGAUAAUGGAGGUGGGUCUCUGGGCCCGGUUUCCGUGUUCUAGGCUUUUGGGGUACCAUUUACUUGUCGACUUAAAGUGAGAUGGUUUCCUUACCCUGGCGAAUAGAGGGCUCCAGGACACAGCUAAGACUGUGUCGGCGAAUGCUGGGUACCAGCCAUCUACAACUGAAACCGCUCUGUCCCUUUACUUGUGUCCUGGGCACCAGCGGUUACGGGGUACUUAGGGUGGUGUCCCUCUAAUUUACUGAUUUACAAACACGAAUGUUCCACGUUGCUGCCGAUUUGGUAGAAGUCGGUUAUGGUUCUCUAUCAGGCUUUAAAAUCCCUGUUCGAGGCUUGCUUGGUUUGUUUUGUUCUGUUUUUGUUUUUCCUUUUAAUUCUUUGCUUUAACCUCUGCAGUGCCAGAUUACCGCAGGCUACUGCUGCUUCUCUGGGCUCAUGAAGCGAUCUUUCGAAUCCACACACGCAGGAAUUAGCUUUUUCCCUCCUGUCGUGUCUCCAGGAGAAGUUGUCUCAAGUUCCCUUUGCUUUCUUAUUUACACUGUUGCUGAUCAAGCUGGGUCUGACAGUUUUAUACCUCCAGAGCCCACCAGUGCCUCAACCACAGCAGAUGCUACUUUUAAAAUUACUUAUUGAAUUCAUUUUUAUACCACUGCUUUUUUUAAAAUAUAUUUUUAUUAGGUAUUUUCAUUUACAUUUCAAAAGCUAUCCCAAAGUCCCCCUUACCCUCCCCACAACACUCCCCUACCCACCCAUUCUUGGCCCUGGUGUUCCCUUGUACUGAGGCAUAUAAAGUUUGCAAGACCAAGGGGCCUAUAUCACUGCUUUUUAAAAUUACUUAUUGAAUUAAUUUUUAUAUUAAGGCGGGGGUGGCAGAGGCCUUGUCCAUUUGAUGUAUGUGAAGACACGUUGGAAAGGAAAUGUUUUGGGGAUUUUUUUCCCAAAUUUGUCUUUAGUUAUCGUUACUGUGGUAGCUGUUCUUGGUUCUUAGCCCAAGCAGCUGGGUGCACCUGUGAGGGAUUUAUUUUUUCUUAGUUCCAUAAUUUGAAAUGAGAAGAACCAUUUUUAAUCUGGUUCUUUCCCACCUUUAAUCUGGGCCACGCCAGCUGGCAGCUUCUAUUAAGGACAUGGAAGAAGGAAGCUUGUUCUUUGCCUGCUUGCUGGAGAUGGCAAGUCUGUUCCUGAACUGGCAUUAGAGCCCUACUUACUUGGGAUUCUGCCAUACACUGAAGACCGGCUGAGACACCCAGCCUUGUGGACUGAACAACUACUGGAUUAUUGGACCUUCCGUUGGGUGACAGCCAUUGAACCCCAGCCAUUGAACUCCAGUAAGCCAUGUGUUUGUGUUCGAGUGUGUGUGUGUGUUUACUAGGGACUGGCCGUAAUAGUUCCCUUAAUUUUGACAAUUUAGAGGAAGCUCUUGGGUUUGUAUUAAAUGGAGCAUUGGCCUUUGGGAGAGAGACAUUUUACUGCCACCAUCCCCAUUCUUAAUUUUUCUAUCCUCUACUAAGAUGAACUUCCAAUUUACAAUUGUCCCAAUCAUUUACAUUUCAGAGGGUCUACAGGAUAGGUAGGUUAUGGAGCGAAUAGUGAAGGUAGUAGAAGCUAAAUAGGGAGGUCCGUAGGCCAACCCCUGCACCAAUACCAUCCACUCUUGUCUCCUACCUGAAGACAACGGCCUUGGUUUUCUUUUGUGGGGAGUGUAGCAUACUGAGUUUUUCCUUUGAAGUCUUGAUUUUGUUGGUGAAGAUUCUUGAUGGUCUGAUUGCUUUCUCAAUUCUGCUUUGUGGUAAGGGUUAUUGGAGCUGAUUGCAGGAGCUUUGUGGAUCCAAAAGAGAGUUCCAAACAUUGUCAUAGAUCGAAUAAAUCCAUUCACUGCAUGUGCAUUUUCAAGUGGGUAGACACUGUUAUUAUUAUUAAUAAAGUUACCGAUUAGUUUCAAA